GACAGAGUGAAACGCAGACGAUGAAGGCACGGAGCUCGAGAUCAAUUUGCAUAAUAGAUUGAUUUUCUAGAGAGAGACAAAAAUGAGAACAAGGAGAGGGCUCUAUUACCCCAGAGCAGAUGUUUGUUUAGAGAAGAAAGUCGUUAAAAUUACGGGUUUCGCCGGGGAUAAUAUGGGUUGCCGGAAACGGCGAAGAACCUCGCCGGAGAGUAUUGGAAAGAGAGACUUUUUUUAUGCUCUGCCUGAUGAUCUUGUCAUUUAUGUUCUCUCUAAACUAAGCUCCACCGCUCGUUGCCCCUCAGAUUUUGCCAACGCUUUGGUUGCAUGCAAGAGAUUAAAUAGUUUAGCACUCCAUCCCCUUGUAUUAUCCAAAGCCUCUCAAAAAAUGUUUGCCAUUAAAGCCAGAAACUGGUCGGAAUCGAGCCGGAGGUUCUUGAAGGACUGUGCGGAUGCCGGAAAUAUUGAAGCUUGUUAUACACUCGGCAUGAUUCUUUUCUACUGUCUAGAGAAUCGAGAGAGUGGAGCCUCUCUUUUGGCUAAGGCGGCGAUUAAUUUACACGCGCCGGCACUGUACUCCUUAGCUGUGAUUCAGUUCAACGGAAGCGGCGGCUCCAAGAACGACAAAGAUCAUAGGGCCGGCGUUGCUUUGUGUGCUCGCGCUGCUUUUCUUGGCCACAUCGACGCCCUCCGUGAGCUCGGUCACUGCCUGCAGGACGGUUACGGCGUCCGGCAAAAUGUCGUCGAGGGCCGUCGGUUUCUCGUCCAAGCAAACGCCCGAGAGUUAGCGGCGGUUUUAUCAUCAGCUGGGGCUGCUUCCAACAAAUUUAUGCGCUCCUGGCUCACGUGGAGCCCACACCCUAACCUCAACCUCAGCCACCGCCAUCCGGCGGUCCCGGGUUGCCCGUUGCUGAGCGAUUUCGGAUUCAAUGUGCCGGCUCCGGAGGCGCACCCGGCUAACAGGUUCUUAGCCGAGUGGUUCAGCGCUCAGGGCGGGGUGCCUGGCCCGGGCUUGAGACUAUGCUCCCACAUCGGUUGUGGGAGACCGGAGACGAGAAAGCACGAGUUCCGGAGGUGUUCCGUUUGCGGGGCCGUUAAUUACUGCUCACGCGCUUGCCAAGCGCUCGACUGGAAGUUGCGCCACAAAGCCGGGUGUGCGCCGGUGGAGCGGUGGCUCGACGACGAAGGCGAUGGCUUCGUGGGGAACGAAGCGGUAAAUGGGAACGAUGACGUUAUCGCCGAAAGUUAAAAUAAUAACGCCUCAUGGUAAUUUACUAUUUAUUUUAAACUCUUUAAGGCAACGAUAAAAAGAGGAAGUGGAAAAUGAAAAUGAACAACCAGUUUUGGUGGAAAAUUCGAGUCUAAAAAGUCAACGUUUACUGCAAUGACGAUAGUUGCUGAAACGGCACAGUUUUAGUUCUCUGUGUAAUGUUAAGAGGGCGCCUUGUUUAUCUUUUUUUCAAAAUCCCUCUUGUACUAUAUAGAUCAAUGUUCACCUUCGUUAAAUUAAAAUUUAAUAUCCGG